CGGUGCCCGGUGCCCGGAGCGGGACGCGGCGCUCGCCAUGGCGGGGCUGGGGAGCCCCGAGGCCGGCAGCGACCCCGGGCCCGCCACGCGCGUGGAGCUCACGGUGUCCUGCAGGCAGCUCCUGGACAAGGACACCUUCUCCAAGUCGGACCCACUCUGUGUCCUGUACAUCCAGCGCCCCGGCAGCCGGCAGUGGCUGGAGUUCGGCCGCACCGAGGUCAUCGACAACUCCCUGAACCCCGACUUCCUGCACAAGUUCGUCCUCGACUACUUCUUCGAGGAGAAGCAGAACCUGCGCUUCGACCUGUACGAUGUGGACUCCAAGAGCCCCGACCUCUCCAAGCACGACUUCCUGGGCCAAACCUUCUGCACCCUGGGUGAGAUCGUGGGCUCUGCCGGCGGCCGCCUCGAGAAGCCGCUGACGAUGGCCGCUGCCACCGCCCAUUCCCGGCGCAGGAAACCAGCUCCGGCGCUCUCCAAUGGCGGCAUUCCCGGGAAGAGCUGCGGCACCAUCAUUGUCCUGGCUGAGGAGCUGGGCAACUGCCGGGACGUGGCCACGCUGCAGUUCUGUGCCAAUAAACUGGACAAGAAGGAUUUCUUUGGCAAAUCCGACCCUUUCCUGGUGUUUUACCGCAGCAACGAGGACGGGACGUUCACCAUCUGCCACCGCACGGAGGUGGCGCGGCAGACGCUGGCCCCGGUGUGGGCAGCGUUCGACAUCCCCGUGCGAGCGCUCUGCAACGGAGACCCCGACCGGAGCAUCAAGGUGGAGGUGUACGACUGGGACCGCUCUGGCAGCCACGACUUCAUCGGGGAGUUCACCACCAGCUACCGCGAGCUGGCGCGGGGAGAGCACGGCCUCAACGUGUACGAGGUGGUGAACCCCAAGAAGAAGCUGAAGAAGAAGAAGUACCUGAACUCAGGCACGGUGACUCUUUUGUCCUUCUCGGUGGAGUCCGACCCCAGCUUCUUGGACUACAUCAGGGGCGGGACCCAGCUCAACUUCACCGUUGCCAUCGACUUCACCGCCUCCAACGGGAACCCAUCCCAACCCACGUCCCUGCACUACCUGAGCCCCUACCAGCUCAACGCCUACACCAUGGCCCUCAAGGCCGUGGGGGAGAUCAUCCAGGACUACGACAGCGACAAGAUGUUCCCGGCGCUGGGCUUCGGGGCCAAGAUCCCUCCGGAUGGGCGCGUGUCCCACGAGUUCCCAUUGAACGGGGAUGCGGAGAACCCGGCGUGCAGCGGCAUCGAGGGCGUGCUGGAAGCCUAUCACCGCAGCCUGCGCCGCGUCCAGCUCUACGGGCCCACCAACUUCGCGCCCGUCGUCAACCACGUGGCGCGCGCGGCGGCCGCGGUGCUCGAUGGCUCCCAGUACUUCGUGCUCCUCAUCAUCACCGACGGCGUCAUCUCGGACAUGGCGCAGACCAAGGAGGCCAUCGUCAACGCUGCCGCGCUCCCCAUGUCCAUCAUCAUCGUGGGGGUCGGCCAGGCCGAGUUCGAUGGUGAGUUG